GUGCCUCGAGUUUGGCGCAACGUGAUCAUCUGCAGCCGCGGCACGCGCACGUAUCGGCGUGCGCGCGAGCGUGCACACAACAGCAGCCCUUGCGGAAGUGGCAGCAGCAGCAACAGCAGCUGAGGCGGCGCUACGUGAAAUUAGCAUACCCGCUUAGCGGUUCGCCCAGGCGGAUGGAAGGCUGAGACGCGGCCCGCUGGGAUAGAAAAAGAUAAUUUUCUCCAGCCAAACGACGCAACCGAGCACGGGCUCGUCUCUUUCGGUCCUUCUUGACGUCCGCCAGCCGCGGAGAUGGGCGAUAAGGCGGGGACGAGAGUUUUCAAGAAGUCCAGUCCAAACUGUAAGGUGACGGUCUACCUGGGCAAGAGGGACUUUGUGGACCACCUUGACCACGUGGAUCCAGUUGAUGGUGUGAUCCUGGUGGACCCCGAAUACCUGAAGGACAGGAAAGUCUUCGUCACGCUGACGUGUGCAUUCCGUUAUGGCCGUGAGGAUUUGGACGUGUUGGGACUGUCCUUCCGGAAGGACUUGUACAUCUCCACUUUCCAGGCUUUCCCGCCCAUCCCCGAGGAGCGCAAAGCCAACAGUCGACUGCAGGAGCGGCUCCUCAAGAAGUUGGGGCAGCACGCACACCCUUUCUACUUCACUAUCCCUCAGAACCUUCCAUGUUCCGUCACAUUGCAACCGGGACCUGAAGACACUGGAAAGGCGUGCGGUGUAGACUUUGAGAUUCGAGCCUUCUGUGCCAAAAACAUGGAGGAGAAGAUCCACAAGAGGAACUCUGUGCGCUUGGUAAUCCGCAAGGUGCAGUACGCUCCGGAGAAAGCCGGGCCUCAACCCAUGGUGGAGACCACCCGCAGCUUCCUGAUGUCGGACAGGUCGCUGCACUUGGAGGCGUCGCUGGACAAGGAGCUGUACUACCACGGCGAGCCCAUCAGUGUCAACGUGCAUGUGACCAACAACUCCACCAAGACCGUCAAGAGGGUCAAGAUUUCAGUGCGUCAGUACGCUGACAUCUGUUUGUUCAGCACGGCGCAGUACAAAUGUCCUGUGGCACAGCUGGAGGCUGAUGACCAGGUGUCGUCGAGCUCCACGUUCUGCAAAGUGUACACACUGACACCCACCCUGGACAAGAACCGCGAGAAGCGAGGCCUGGCGCUGGACGGGAAGCUCAAACACGAAGACACCAACCUGGCUUCCUCCACCAUCGUCAAGGACGUGACCAACAAGGAGGUGUUGGGGAUCCUGGUGUCCUACAGGGUCAAAGUCAAGCUAGUGGUCUCACGCGGAGGAGAUGUGUCGGUAGAGUUGCCGUUCAUCCUCAUGCACCCCAAACCGGCCGAGCCCCCCGGGUCCCGCCCGCAGUCAGCUGUGCCAGAGUCGGACCCUCCCAUCGACACUAACCUGAUCGAGUUCGACACCAACAGCGUCUCCCAGGAUGACGAUUUUGUCUUCGAGGACUUCGCUCGCCUGCGUCUCAAAGGGGUUGUGGACGACAAAGACGAGGACUGCUAGGAGCGAGCUGCGAGCCGCCCGCCCGCCGCCUGCCCGCCUCAACACACACGUUACAUUACAUUCCCAGGCAGAGGGAUGGAUGCUGCCAAAUUUGGGCAUCGCCUCGGCGUUCCUUUGUGCCACCGCCGCCAUCUUGUGUUUGGUUUGAUUGAAGGAUCUUCAUACUGACUUAUUAACGACAUUGUGAAGGUUCUUUGUAUACAACAUUCAAGUGAGGUUUUUAAUUGUUACGUUUUAAUUUUCCCGUAACAGUUUUGGCAAACAACCGUUAUUGAAAUUAAGUUAACUUUUCUUUGGAUCACUGACUGAAUUCAAACCUCUUUACUGUCAACUAGGGAUGUAACAAUAUUAAUAUCAUUGCCAACUUAAAAAGUGCCUCUAUCAUGGUGGUCUUGUCGCGGUACAAAAUAACGAGCCGUUGUGCUUAAACUUUUGUUUUGGACCGGAUAUUUGCAGACAGCCGUUUUGCCAGACUGUGACAGCGCUGUGCGUCCUCGUUAAGAAUAUAAAUUGCAUCAUUUAUGUGACCGCGUGGGGGGGGGGGGGUUACCCAGAUAGUUGCGAAGCCAUUUUGAACGUCGCAAAAUUGUCCACAUUCCAAAUUAAAACAUAAUACACAGCCUGCUUUGAAAUAAAUCAUUUUGCAAUAUCACUAAGUGGAAGAAAAGAGACGAGUUUCCAUACUUUUAAGUGUUCCUGCAUUUAUGACAAAAUUUUUUGACUCAUGGAAAUCGCUGUUAGAAGGCAGGAUCAAAUGUUAUAGAUGUAUUUUUUAAAAAAAAAAGAAAAAGGUAAAUACUAUUGAAUUAAUGAACAGACAAUUUCUCAAUGGACUGUUAUUGUGAGCAUGGCAUUAUUAUUGCUGCAGCGGUAAUAUUUGUUCUGGGCGUACAGGAUACGAAUGUAAACAUUGCAUGAACAAGGAUAGAAGUGCACAUUAUGUUUUAAAAAUGUCUUUCAUUAAAAAAAAAAAAACCUGUGGGGGAUAACAGCUGUACCAUGGACUAUCCUGCAAUGUGAGUUUUAUUGCAAUACCAUGAGCUUUCCCACGGUAUCGCAAUAAAUAUUGUACUGUAUUAAUAUUGUAUUAGUACUGUGAUUAAAACUAAACGGUGAGACAUAUUUUUACAUCCCUAUUGUUAACUACUGUUGUUUGCCAAAACUGGGCUUGACGGGUUUUUCGGCAAACAAUGGUGGUUUGGAAAUGAUGAGGUCAAUUAAAACAUGACCCAAAAACAUCGAGUACAUAAAAAGGGUCCUUUGAUGUCAACUACCAUUUUCCAACAAUUUCUAUGAAUUAUAUUAAAGCCUUUCUUUAUUGUGAACUUCA